CCCGGCGGCCCCGUGUCGGGGCAGGGGCGGAGCGGCGUCAUGGCCGCCGGGCGCCUCCCGCCGGGCGCGCUCAGCCUCAGGCAGUUCCUGAGGCGGCAGCAGGUCCUGCAGCUGUACCGCAAGAUCCUGCGGGCUAUCCGGGAGGUGCCGGCUGAACAGGAUCGCCGCUACUUGAGGGACUGGGCCAGGGAGGAGUUCAAGAGAAAUAAGGAUGCGACAGAAGAGGAUGCAAUCAGGAUGAUGAUUACUCAGGGCAACAUGCAACUGCAGGAACUUCAGAGAACACUCAAGCUGGCAAAAUCCUGAUACCGAUUUUGUUUACAGUUGGACUUUCAUCUGCUGUAAAGAAGAAUGGUGUUUUCUCCAGAAUGUGGUUAUAAUGGCAGCUUUUGCUGGCAACCUGGUAAAGUUUGAAGGGGGAAUCUACCACAGCAGGGAUGUUGUUUGGGUUUUCCCCUUUCACUUCUUGGUUUGGUUACCUUCCUAUGUGGAAAUCACUCAGACAUAAAGAACAGAAUGGAUGAUGUAGCAUUUGCUCUGGGAAAAGCAGAAAGCACCAAAAAUUCCAACAGCAGUGUUACACACCUGUGAAAUAGAAAAUAAAUACAAACCGGA